AGUUCCUUGAAUAUCUUGAACAAGUGCCAGAAGAGAUUUGCCCUAAAAAUCUCCCACAAAACUACAAUGAAUAGCCCUGAAAGAAGGCUUGCAACAGCUGUCUAUACAAAUGUUACUGUAGUGCUUUAUUUACAGAAUAGAUAUACAGUCAAACUUGUUUAUGCCUCUAUCGACAGGUUGGUGUCCAGUUUGAAUGUUGACCAGUAGAGGGGAAAAAAAGAAAAAAAGGGGGGGGGGAAUUAAUGUUGACCAGUAGAGGGCACUGUGUGACUGCGGAUAAAAGUUGUACAGCACUACUAGGCUUGUUAUUGUCCACGACCCAAAGAACAAAGCUGUGUUAGUAAUGUCUUACGCUUGUUUUCAAAAUUUUACUUUUUAUACGGUAGAGUGUCAUUACAGCUUUAGUUCAUCGGGAAGUGACGGUGGGCGUCCCGAGCAGGAGAGCUCAGCUCAGUGCUAUCUGUGAGUUUCGAGAGAGUUGGGAUGUGUGUUUAUGUUGGCGUGGAUGUAAAGUCCUGCAGUGUUCUCCGCUGUUAAUAAAGCGAUUAAAGUGCAUCGGCGAUGUGAGUCUCUCCUUCCCCACAACAAGCGGCAUUACAGUAUUGACCAGUGCACAUUGUCUCACAUCAGGAAAUAAACGGUGUCACUUGUUACAGGCAUUGCCUGGACAGCUAUGUAGUGGGGCUUGUUUAACCUUUGGCUUGUGGGCAAGCAGGAAGGAGAGGGGAGACGAGAUGUGUGUGUGUGUGUUCUGAGCUGCUGUCUGGUGGCCGCGUUCAAUAAAUAAAGUUGGCAGAAGCAACAGGAGAAGUUUCCUUCUUUGCUUCGGAGCUGAAUAACACUGACAAGUUAACAGACUAGUAGCGAACGGAAAAGAAGACGGCUUUUUUUUGUGUUGAAUACAGAAGAUGAGGACUUUGAUGGAUUUGUGGAUGAGGAUUGAUCAAAAAUAACACAAGGAUGCAGAGCCUGCAGCCUGACCCAAAUGCCCAGUAUAGAGGUGUAUAUGAAGCUCUGAAAAGGAUCAUCCGCACAGAGGGCUUCUUCAGACCGCUCAGGGGUCUCAACAUCACCAUGAUGGGCGCUGGUCCCGCCCACGCACUUUACUUCGCCUGCUACGAACGAGUCAAGCGCUCCCUGAGUGACGUCAUUCAAAAUGGAGGCAAUAGCCAUCUGGCUAACGGUAUUGCAGGCAGUGUGGCCACUGUCCUCCAUGAUGCCGUCAUGAAUCCUGCAGAGGUGGUGAAGCAGAGGAUGCAAAUGUACAACUCACCCUAUCGUGGACUUUGGGACUGCAUGCGGACAGUGACACGCACGGAGGGCGCGGGCGCCUUCUACCGCAGCUACAGCACACAGCUGACCAUGAACAUCCCCUUCCAGGCCGUUCACUUCAUUACCUACGAGACCAUGCAGGAGUGGUUAAACCCUCACAGACACUACCACCCUGGCACCCACAUUGUGUCCGGCGCGGCAGCGGGCGCCAUUUCCGCUGCCGUCACUACACCGCUUGACGUUUGCAAGACGUUGCUCAACACGCAGGAGAACGUGGCGCUCACCUCCAUGAACAUCAGCGGCCAUUUAACAGGAAUGGUGAAUGCUUUCAGGACAGUGUACAAGCUUGGUGGUUUGGGGGCUUUCUUCAAAGGGGUGCAGGCUCGGGUCAUAUACCAGAUGCCCUCCACUGCCAUUGCCUGGUCCGUGUACGAAUUCUUCAAGUACUUUCUGACAAAGAAAGAGGCAGGGCCUGUGUCAUUAAAUGGAAAGUGAACAUGGCCUGGUAUGAUGUUUGAGGAAGUAACUUUGUUCAGGUGUGACUGAGUGAUGUGCCUCCUUGUUCUUGCACGUACAUCUUAGACGUGCAGGGUUUUUUGUUGUUCUAAAGUCACAAGGGCAAAUGAAGUCAUCUGUCAGCAUUUUUUACAACAUGCAGUGGCCAAGUUGUCUUCAAUAGUGUUUAUAGUUCUUGAUAUUGGAGCUAUUUAUUUAUUUGUGAGGCUAGUAUUUUUAUGGAUUACGUAAGGAGGAAACUCAGUGCCGCUUUAUUUGUGUAUUUAUUGUCAACAAACAGUCCUUUUUUUCACUUCAAUGGAAAAUAUGAAUACUCACUCCUUCCAAGUGCCUCAUUACAUCUUAUAUGGAACAAUUUUUUUAGUUGAAGUAAAAAACUUUAUAUUUGUGUACCUUCAUGUUUUAUAUUUAAGGAUGGGAAUUUUACUCCAUUUUUCUUAAUUGACUAUGGAGAAAAUUCAUAACUGAAUGAUCUGAACUUUUGUUUCAAUGCCAGAGUUGUACUGACCGGCGUGAAGUCAUAGCGGAUGUUUUCAUGGAUGUGACUCAACUUCCCAUUGCUGACGUCACUUGCUUUAGACUUCAUACUAGUGAGCCUGAAUCUACAGCGCCUCUGCUGGUUGAAACCGUGAACUGCACUCCAUUUUAACAGUCACUUCCACGCAAUGACAGGAUUAUAAGCAAUCAAUGAAUUUACGGAUUUGUAUGCCCAUCCCUACUUGCCUAGUUUUUCUUCUUGAAGAACACCUGUAUCUCAUCCUGAAGGUGUCUACAGGCCAUGAAGGUCCACCUGCUGGCCCACAUGGCAGCACUGCGCUGCUGAAUCACGCACAAUCUCCAAUAGAGUGUACUAGACAGAGGGCAGCUAUAAGAGCCGAUAUGGCCAUUAAAUACACAGACUUUAAAUACCUUGGCUUUCUGAGUGAGCUGUUACAGACUGCGGCAUUUUUACCUGAGUGUAUGUAAAAUAUGCAAUAUACAUUUUUUAGUUUUUCGCUCCCCCUUGCUUUGAGCUCACAACUUUUUUAAGACAUUCCUUCAACUGUCGACAGAAAAUGCCGUACUGAAGUGUUUUGUUAUGGUGUUGAUCUUGUACAGAAAGCUGAAUCUUAACCCACCAAAGACAUUGUAUUGUAUAGAGUGGUAUUUUUCUAUGCAUUGCUUUUUAACCCACCAUAUCCACUCUUAGUUGUCCUCCUCCAUAUCCAGAGGCUAAUUUUUUUGUAUGUUCACAGCCACGUUGUGGUGAGUAAGUGUCUCUUCCUGCCUCUGCAUUGUUUAAAAUGGGCAUCAUUUACUCUUCCUACAACAAAAGUCCAUUGCUAAUCUUCCCGCUCAAGCAAUGGCAGUUUGAAGAGGAAAUGUUUUGUUAUUGUAGGUUUUCAGUUCAUAUGGAUAUGGUAAAGAUUGUCUUUAUCAUUCAAUCUGUUUGUUUAUAUACGCUUUCCAUAAGUCGUAGCAGCACAUGCAACAUUUCACAUGAACAAAUGGGAAUGCUUUUUUAAAGCUUUAUUUAAAUUUGCAGCAACUUAAUUCACUGCUCUUGGAAAAAAAAACUCGAAUAAAAAUUGUGAUGAUCACGGUGUAAUUCUCAUCUGUCAUCCAGAUCAGCACUGGUCAUUGAGUGCAAAAUAAUGAAGGGGUGUGAGGAUUAUUUUUUUUUUCAUGUCUUUAUCUUAUGCUGUUUAUGCACAAAUAACUGAAAAUACAAUUGGGUUGACUUUUCCAUCUGCAGGAUUUGAAUCUCUUCGUAAUAUGCAAUCAGGAAAUCUUUGUGACAAUGCUGCUACAGUAUGUAACACUGGAGCUAAAAUAAACAUGCACGUGACGUAUAA